AUGGCGCCUCGCAAAGCCCGCACCUCAGCCGCGCACUCUCUUGCGUCCAGGCCUGAGACCCCUGAGAGUAGUCGCUCUCGCCGAAUGACCAGGUCUACCUCGACCCAAAAGCUGAGCUCUGCAGUUUCUCUGCCGCCUGUGGACGCUAUCGAACCCUUGAGUGUGGUCGUGAGAGGCAGCAAAUCGACAACGUCGGCCUCGACCUCGGCUACCUUCACCUCAGCAAGCGAGGCUUCUACUCCGGCUACGAGCCACGAGGUCACGCCAGCGCCACCGGCUGCUGACGAGAAGUCGGCAUCAACUCGACCCAUGAUGAGUCGUCUGGAGGUGCAAAUUCCAGUCAUGGAAAGAGCCCCUAGUGAGAGGGCCACUAGAAACACCCGGUUUUCACUCGCUCGCGCCUCGAAGCGCAGCAGCAACACGUAUGAAGUUCUCGACAGUGACGAGGACGAGUUGGCUUUUGACACUCCUCCCGACGAAAUCAUUGCUCGGCGCCUACAAAAAGAAGAGUAUGAAAAGAUGGACAUGCCAGCUCUCGUGUCUACCAGUCGUCCAGGCCGUGGUCUGCGAGCUUCUUUGGAUAGAACCCCUGUAGUCAAGGGCAAACGCGGCAGACCAUCAAAGUCUCCACUCUCGGCAAGCAUCGAACGACCCACGAAGAAGCAGAAGCUUAUCACUGACUCCGAAGACGAUGCCCUCUCUGAUGACGCCAAUGGUCAAGCUUCGUCUUCAGACCUUAGCGAGGCCUUGAGCAUCAAGACAGAAUCGGAUGAUUUUGAAGCCCCCGAGGAGACGGGCGAGGACGACAGCAGCGAUGAUAUGGUUGAAGUUGCGCGGCCACGUUCCGGAGCGCUGCCUAAGAAGAAGCGUCCAACUCGGCCCAAUGCUCCUCAAGGCUUCAGAUCGGCUGCCACGUUGCCACUCCUUCCUUCUUCGGAGCCUGAUGAUGAUGAUUUCGACCCAGAUCAGUCGGACGAGGAGCUCCCCGAGCUUGCUGAUGCUAGCGCUCGGAUAAAUCUUGACGAUUCGCAUGACUUUGUGCUCGGCCGCCGUGCCCGCCGAGAGCGGGACCGACUUGAGAGACACCACCCGGAACUCGACACGAUGUGGACAGACUUGGAAGCACGGCCUGCCAUGUCCGGUGCUGAGGCGGUUCAGCCCACCAAUAUUACACGACAGCUCAAGCCUUUUCAGCUGAAGGGUGUUGCUUGGAUGAAAGAGAUGGAGAUGACUGAUUGGAAGGGUGGCCUUCUGGGUGAUGAGAUGGGCUUGGGCAAGACCCUACAGAGCGUCUCCCUCAUCAUGUCCGACCACGGCUCGAUCAAGAAGCCUUCCCUCGUUUUAGUCCCGCCUGUUGCCCUGAUGCAAUGGACCAACGAGAUUGCCUCGUACACAGACGGAACCCUGAAGACGUUCGUUUUCCAUGGCACCAAUACAAAGGUCAAGAAUGUCACAGCCAAGGAGCUCAAAAAGUUCGAUGUCAUCAUGAUGUCGUACAAUAGUUUGGAGUCCAUGUUUCGCAAGCAGGAAAAGGGGUUCAACCAGCGCAAGAAGGGCGAGGUCCACAAACAGAAGAGCAUAAUCCACCAGAUCGACUUCCACCGAAUUAUUCUCGACGAGGCACACUACAUCAAGGGCCGCGACACGGGCACUGCCAGGGCAUGCAUCGCCUUGAAAGGCGACUACAGAUGGUGUCUGACAGGCACGCCUCUCCAGAACCGAAUCGGAGAGCUGUUCUCACUUGUGCGCUUCCUCAACAUUACACCAUUCGCCUCGUAUCUUUGCAAGCAGUGCAAGUGCAGCCAACUCGAGUGGAACAUGGACGAGCACAAGAUGUGCAACAGUUGCGGACAUUCUGCCAUUCAGCACGUGUCCGUGUUCAACCAGGAGAUUUUGAACCCCAUCAUUAAAUACGGUGCCAUGGGACCCGGUGCCAUCGCCUUCAAAAAGCUGCGACUGAUAACUAGCAAGUUCAUGCUUCGCCGCUUGAAGAAGGACCACAUGAGUGCCAUGGACCUGCCCGUCAAAGAGAUCAAUAUCAACCGGGAAUUCUUCAGCGAGGUGGAGAAUGACUUUGCGCGCAGCAUCAUGACCAACACGCAACGCCAGUUCGACACGUAUGUGGCUCGUGGCGUCAUGCUGAACCAGUAUGCCAACAUUUUCGGUCUACUCAUGCAAAUGCGCCAGAUUGCCGAUCAUCCUGACUUGAUCCUGAAGAAGAAUGCCGAGGGCGGUCAGAACAUCAUGGUCUGCUGCAUUUGCGACGAACCCGCCGAGGAUGCGAUUCGGUCCAAAUGUCGGCACGACUUCUGCCGUGGCUGCGCCAGGGAUUACAUGAUGUCGUCCAAGAGCAACAUGGAUGAGCUGUCGUGUCCCAUGUGCCAUAUACCGCUGUCGAUCGACCUGGAGCAGCCCGAGAUUGAGCAGGACCAGGCCAUGGUAAAGAAGUCGUCCAUCAUCAACCGCAUCAAGAUGGAGGAGUGGACUUCGUCAAGCAAAAUCGAGACGCUCGUAUACGAGCUGCACAAGCUCCGGUCUGACAAGGCCACGCACAAGUCGAUUGUGUUUUCCAACUUUACGUCGAUGCUUCAGCUCAUCGAGUGGCGUCUCCGCCGCGCCGGCGUCACCACUGUCAUGCUCGAUGGUUCGAUGACGCCCGCGCAACGACAAGCAUCUAUCGACCAUUUCAUGAAGAACCCAGAAGUCGAGUGCUUCCUGGUUUCCAUGAAGGCGGGAGGUGUGGCUCUCAACCUGACUGAGGCGUCUCACGUCUUUAUCGUGGACCCCUGGUGGAACCCUGCGGCCGAGUGGCAGUCUGCGGAUCGCUGCCAUCGUAUCGGACAGGGCCGUCCCUGUACCAUUACCCGUCUUUGCAUCGAGGACUCGGUAGAGAGCCGUAUCGUUCAGCUCCAAGAGAAGAAGACGAACAUGAUUCACUCGACCGUCAAUGGGGAUGACAAGGCGAUGAAGUCGCUCAGCCCGGAGGACAUGCAGUUCCUUUUCCGUGGCAGUUAG